GUCAGAUGUAACACAGCGCCUGUAAACAUGACUUUCGGGAUCCGCACACACACCCUGACAUGACUGUGAGCUUCCCGCUGUCAGCUCCAACAUGAACGACAUCAUGGAGGAACAGGAGAAGGAACAGGACACGCUGGUGGCCGGGUCUCCGUCCGUGAGAGCAGGCAGUAGCAGGAGCGGCAGGACGAAACCGGCUGUGGAUGGAGGAAACAGAGCGGUCGAGAAGAGAGGGCCUUACAUAAUGGCCAAAUCUAUAAACAUGAAACUGCAGAAACCCAGAGAGAUGGCGAGGAGAGUGUUUAAGAAGAAAGGCUUUUCCUCUGGGGGAUUGGUCACGCAGCAGCCCAGGCACGGAGCGAAGAACGUGAAGUUCAAUAAAGGAUACGCAGCACUUAGUCAGAACGCAGAAGAUGCACUGGUGUCUCUGGACUCGGACAGUGAUGUCGAGCUGGAGUAUUCCUCUGGAUAUUCCUCAGCAGAGAUUCAUCCAGACCUGAGCCAGCAGCUGCUGAAAGACGGAUACCGACUAGAUGAGAUCCCAGACGACGAGGAUCUGGACCUUAUUCCUCCCAAAGCCAUGGGUCCUUCCAUCUGCUGCUGCUUCUCCGACAUCCCGUCCUGCUGCCUGCAGUGAGCUCUCGACAGGAAGGACAUGGCUUUCACUCAGCACCGCGCCGCCACAGGAAGAGAAAUUGCGGCUUUGAGAAGGAAAACCCCGUUACUGAAGCGAGCACGCCUGAUGUAUUAAUGUUCCCGAGUUCCUGCGGCCCGAGUUCUCACUAAUCUCAUCUGCAUCCUGUUUUUUCAACAGAACAGACCAGAGAUGUCCUUUUUUUAUUUUUUUUAUUGUUGUAUUAAUGCAGCUUUAGCAAAAAGGUCAAGACGGUAUACAAGCGCAUGCACCAUACAUCUCUGCAUGAUCUCUGUGUGUAAUGCAUCUUUUGAGUUCCAGAUUUCUGAUUCGUGUCCCUGCACCGAGAGAAGACAACAUUACACGAUUUACGUGCACUUUCUUUCCAGAAGAGUAAAUCUGUACAGUUCAGUAUCAUUUCUGAUGAAAACGAGUUCACGUAGCCCAAAGUAAACACACCCACAGAAGUGCCUCAGAAAUGGAAAUAUCCAGAUGCUACAGAUGUGGUGCAGAUUUAGUCUUAAAUAAACAAAUGCUAGUUUAUUUAAGAUCUAGUUUAGGAUAUUAGACUAGCCUUUUUUUUUUUUAAGACCAAACAACCUUUAA